UGGGUGAACCACCCCGUUUCAAAAUGGUUUUUCAGCAAAAUUGGAGAGAAAUGCAUCUCAAAAUUAUUAUAAAAGGGCCAGCAGUUUCAAGCUCUGGUAUCUUUCAAUAUCAGGCGUCGUGUGCUGAACUGUAUUUUACUGUUGAAGUCUAGCUCCCCCCCCCUCCUCGGGGCGGGAAUUGUGUCAUAACGUUCACGACUGGUCCAGACUACUUAGCGCAUCUUAGCAUUAUACACCAGCACACAGUUUGGCACGCGAAUACGGGAGGAUUCCGCGCCUAAUCGUAAAGGACCGUCAUCCGGCGCUGCGCGCCAUCGUUUCACACCCUCGGGCAAAGUCCCUAAUUGCAAAUGAGGGUCCCCUCUCGGUGUUGGCCAUUGCGGCUAGCCGCGGUCACGCCGAUGCUCGCCAAGGAGGGAAGACGCCUGCCUGUAUCCAAGCCAGCAACGCCCGCUGGUCCGUCCAACUGCCAUCUGGAUCACCAUCAUACCGGAGCCUUCAUCGGGCCAGUUUCGCCGACGUCCGCGAGGGGAUCUCGCCCGUCGGCAUCGUUAGCGUCGCGACGCCCACCAACCGAAGCAGCAACAGUACGGAUUUGUUCCAACCACCGGACGAAAAAUUAUCCUUCACAACAAGAGUUAAAGCUGAGAUCCGAACUAUUGAUGACAAUCCCAUUUAUUCCAAAUCUUAUCCCUACCCCCAAGCAUUAAAGACAGAAGUCGAAAAACAAAUUAAAAAAUUAUUAGAUGAUGGUAUCAUAAGACCAUCUAAAUCAUCUUAUAAUUCUCCAAUUUGGAUAGUUCCAAAAAAAAUGGACGUCUCAAAUAUAAAAAAAUUUCGUCUUGUUGUUGAUUUCAGAAAACUCAACAUUAAAACAAUAAGCGAUCGUUAUUCUAUUCUAGAUACUUCCUCUGUUUUAGCUAAUCUAGGUAGGAAUAAAUAUUUUACUACUCUCGAUUUAGCUUCAGGCUUUCAUCAAAUUCCAAUGUUAGAAAAAGAUAUAGAAAAAACUGCUUUUUCAAUAAAUAAUGGCAAAUAUGAAUUUGUUCGAAUGCCAUUUGGUUUGAAGAAUGCCCCCAGUAUUUUUCAAAGGGUUAUGGAUGAUGUUCUCAGAGAAUACAUCGGAAAAAUUUGUUAUGUCUAUAUUGAUGAUAUAAUAAUUAUUGGUAAAACUCUUGAUGAGCAUAUUACAAAUAUUAAAACAAUUUUUGAAGUACUCAGAAAACCAAAUUUUCGUAUCCAACCAGAUAAAUGUCAAUUCUUCAAAACUGAUGUAGAAUUUUUAGGAUUUAUUGUAUCUCAGAAUGGAUUAAUGCCAAAUCCUAAAAAAGUUGAAGCAAUUAAAAAUUAUCCUCAGCCCACCAAUUUAAAAGAACUUCGUAUGUUUUUAGGUUUGUCAGGAUAUUAUCGACGAUUUAUAAAAGACUACGCAAAACUUGCAAAACCGCUUACAAUGUUAUUAAAAGGGGAGGAUGGCCAUCGCCGUAUUUCAAAAAAUAAAUCCAGAAAUUUUCCUGUUAAUUUUAAUGAUGAAGCUACAAAAGCUUUUGACAUAUUGAAAAGUAUUUUGUCUUCAAAUAAUGUUCUUAUUAUUCCAAAUUUCGAUGAACCGUUUAUUUUAACAACGGAUGCUUCAAAUAAAGCACUAGGAACAGUUUUAUCCCAAAAAACCAGAUAAUGGAGAGCGACCAAUUACAUUCAUUUCACGAACACUUUCAAAAACAGAAGAAAAUUAUGCAACUAAUGAAAAAGAAAUGUUGGCAAUAGUUUGAGCAUUGAAUACACUUCGAAAUUUUAUUUAUGGAGCAAAAAUUUUAAUUUAUACCGACCACAUGCCUCUGACUUUCGCAAUAUCUCCCAAAAAUGUAAAUGCAAAAUUAAAAAGAUGGAAGGCUUAUAUUGAAGAACAUGAUUAUGAAAUGUUCUACAAAAAAGGAAGCGCAAAUGUUUUUUUUUCAAUUUGUUUAUUUGAUAAGGCACGUAUGCGUUAGCUUAAAGGUGCCAUUUUUUCAUUGUUUUACAUUUUGAAUUUCUUAAAACUAGGGCGUUACACAUUUCAAUAUUGUUUUGUUUUAUAUAAUGAAACUAAAAAAAAAAACUUUACAGCUAACUUAUACAUAUAAAAGAGGGUAUAAUAUAAUAUUCGUAAGAUUUGGGGGACGGGUCAUUUUGUGUGUUCUUUGUAUAGUAAUUCACUUUUUAGAAGGGAGAUUGUAGGAGAAAUUAAUUAUUAACUAAGCGGAACAUUUUACAAGCUUAUUAACUAGAGAUAACUAGAAAGAGUGGUUCAAGAUUAAGGGGAAUUAAUUAGGGCUAUUUUAAAGUAGUGGUACUGUUGUGCAUUUCUUAACGAGAUUAAAUAUUGUUCAACUAACUAGAAGAUAGGGGGGCACAUAAAUUUUGGGAAGAU